GAUCCGGUCUGUAUGGACUAUUCUGCCUCAGAAGGGGAGUAAAUAAACAGUAUGAAGUGAUUGUUGUACUCCACUGACUCAAGAUGGAGCAUACUUUUGAGUUUGACAAGAAGGUUACAUCACUUCCUUAUAUGAGCAAAUGACAAUGUCUAUACAUUUGUACUAAAUGAUGUAUUUUAAUCAAUGCCUGGCAAUCUCAUGAGUGGGUUAGCAUCGACCCUCACCUCGACGUUAACCCCUGGGCCACCCAGAACCAACAACUCAUAAUGUCUCACUUGCCCAUUCGUUUGCAUCUGAAUCGAGGCUAAUGUUAUUUAUGGGAGCAAAGCUGCAAGUGUAGCGCUGAAUGCUGUGUUUUCUGCAAAUGGCAGGAGCGGCAGAGAGCGAGAGGAGGCACAUGCAAGGUGUUGUUGUGCCAAGAGAGGACCCAAUGACUUUGUGUUGACAGCAGAAGUGUUCAGGAUACAGCAGGUCUUUUCAGCAAUCUUUCCGUUCAGCAAGCAAAGGAGGACGCGGAUCAUCAGGGAAGAUGUUCUUUGUGGCAGGGGCCAAAAACAAUGCAGGCUCGGGCGGAGGAAAUGAAAGGAGGUCAAUCUACCAGAAAUUCCGUGAGGUAGAUUUAUUGGACAAGAAGAAGACGGUGACGGCUCUAAAGCCCGGUGAAGAUCGGGCCAUUCUCCUGGGACUCGGAAUGAUCUUCUCUUCAGUCAUGAUGUACUUUGUCCUGGGGAUCACUAUAUUACGCUCCUAUGCAGACAGUGUGUGGACAGAGGAAGGUGUUUGUGUUGUACUCAACUCCACGGUCACAGCAGACAUGAACUGUUCCUACAACUGUGGGUCAGACUGCUGGAGAGUCUCCAAAUACCCCUGUCUGCAGGUCUACGUGAGCGUCAAUAACACGGGCCGUGUCAGCCGUUUAUCUCACAAUGAAGAGACCCAGGACAUCAGCUCUGAAUGUUUCUACGUGCCCAGGUGCCAGAAGGACAGCCUGGCCAUGCAUGUCAUGAUUAUGAACAUCUCCGAGCGUCUGAAGGUGAACCAGCAGGUCCCUUGUUACUACGACCCCGGCGAGCAGCAGGAGACGGUCCUCCUGACCCGCCUGUACGACCACAGCGUCAUCUUCCACUCGCUGCUGUGGCCCUCCUGCAUGCUCACAGGCGGGGCCCUCAUCAUCAUGAUGGUGAAGCUCACGCAGUACCUCUCCAGGCUGUGCGAAGAGAUUGGGAAGAUCAAGAGGUGAAAUGCAGUGCAGCAGCUGCGAAAGCCGAGCGUUUGGCGCUUUCGUGAUGGACAUAUGACAUGAAAGAGAUCGUCUGAACCAAAACAACCUCACUGUGACCUCUUGCAAACUUUCCUCUUCGGCUGAGACAUUUGGAACAGCUGACUUUCACUCCGGAUCGAGGAUGUGACUGUUUAUGAAAGUGAACCAAAUGUUCCGAGGCGGAAACUGUCAGACAUGUAACUGGCUGUUAUACAAGGAAAGCUGGAUUUGCAUGGUGUUGAAGCAUUGCGAGAUGUUUUACCGGUACUUGUUUACAAGAGUUUGUUACACUUGUAAUCUUAAGUAUGGUACAUCAUGAGCAUGUGUUUGCUUUGUCACCUAUAAUAGCUACACAUGACAAAACCAGCCUAUAUUUAAAUCCACAGGGCAAAACACUGUCGUCUGUCAAAAACUGUCCUCUGCUGUCGAGGAGUGUUUCAGUGUUGUGAACCUUUUUUUGAGAACUUUCCGAUAUUUUGAUGAUCAUAUGUGAUUGUUUUCUGAAACAAUAAUCUGUUCUUAUUUGAUAUCCACUGUCUCAGCGACCAAAUACUAUGUGUGGGUCUCUCAUGAUGAAAUGUCUUUUGUGAAUGGACAUAAGGUGUGCAUAACCUGACAUGAUUCUUUUUUCUGUCAUG